AAUGUUCUUGUUGCAUAUCUGCUAAUCUGCAUAUUCUUCGUGUUCGCAGCUAUGUGUGGAUACUCAGGUAUUCUCUUCAUAAAGAAUCAGAAACUCAAGAAAAUUGGUAUUGUACCUGAUCAGCAGGGCAGUCGUCCUAGUUUAACAAUAUCUGUUAUCGGAGCUCUUGUUGGACCCGUCCUAGUAGGGAGCCCAAACCUAGGCCUUCUCCCAGUAGAGCAGUAUCAGGAUAUCAGCCAUAACCCCGGAGGUUCGAGUUCUAAGACUGGCGCUCAGCCCCCUAAAUCUCGAGGCCCUUGGCAAACCCAACACGAGUAUGCGUACAUUGAUAACAUUUUUAUAAUUGCUUUUCCCGCCAUGUUUUUACUUUUUAACUUCAUUUAUUGGGGGAUUUGUUUGAAUCAUUAAAAUAAAAAAGUUAAG